AGACUCUUUUCGCGCACUGCACCGCGCCGCGGUCGUCGCGUCGGCCGACGAGACUGGUGGUGCAGACGAGAAAGCAGGCACAGCCACUGUACAGUGCGACGGCUCUGCGUGCAAUGUACUUGGGCGCGGGCUGUCGACGAGCUUCGUAUUCGGAUGGAGUCGAGGUGUGCUACAAUGGAAGAAGGCAAUAGGUGGACGUGUGUUUGGUGGAAUGGUCGCGUCCAAAGCGGUGCGAGAGUGGCGCGUCGCGCGGUUCGCUGCUUACGUAAUGGUAGGAGGGUCGUUGCAGCCACUCACACGCCAAAGCCAGCAGUCGGGGUGCAGGAGCCCGGUUCCGCUUCUUUUCUUUCUUUUUCCGCCCCCUUGGAUUUACCACUGGUGCAGUGCCCUCUGCUCGCCGCGUAGCCAACAAAAAGAAAAGGCAAGAGAAAGGACAGGAAUGCUUGCCUGUAUGUUUAGCUUCGGCUCGGCGGUGCGGUGCAGUGCGGCUGGUCCCCAACCCACACCCAUCCAUAUCACACUCUCCCUCGCCUCGCCUCUUCCCCCCUGCCGUCUGUCUCCUGCCAGCCUGACCACCCGCGGCUGGCACACACCAAACAAGCUUCCUCCUCCUCGCCAUUGCCUUUGCCGCUCUCCAUGCUGGGCCAGUGUCUAUAUCGUAACCAACACGCAUCCUCAUCCACACACUCACUCACAUACACACACACAUCGACAGCCAGCCAAAGCGCUCUCCCCGGCCGCUGGACGCCGCCAGAGGUAUGCGAUCGCUGUUGCUCUUAUCCUCUCCCAUCCAACCUCGCCUCGCUAUCCGCUGCCCAGCCGGACCGUGCGCCCCACCCCUCCUCUCGCUCUAAAGCAGAUUGCACGAUCCUUGACGGCUCAUCGAUAGUCGCCGCUGCUUUUUCUUUUGGGAUCACCUCGAGCGCCGGCUUGUGUUUCGUCUGCGACGAAUUCACAGCCACACACACAUAACACACUCCAACCAUCCAGGCCGAUCUCCACAGGCCGCUUCUCUGUGCACAGACACCCCCC